AAUAUUCUCAUUUCGCGAAUAAUAUAUUUGCGUGAUUAACAUUUUCGGCAGUUUGAGGAGAUUUAUGAACUCAAUUAACAAUUAACUAUUUUCAGAUUAGGUGAUACGUUUGUUUUAAUCGACCGGCUAUCACCCUCACUCCAACAUGGCUGCGACAGUAGGACGGAUUUGUGGAGCUGGCCUCUUAAAAUCGGCUAACGGGGUUACAGUUACCCAGAUAUCUUCAUUUUCCACGACAGGACAAUGGAGCAAAGGCAGAAAAGCAGUUAUGGGUACUCUCGGAGUGUUAGCUGGUGGUGCUGGUGCUUUGUUAUUUGCUCUUGACAAAUCUGUUAGGGCUUCAGAUUUGGAAUUACACCCUCCAAAAAAUCCAUGGAGCCACAAUGGCAUCCUUAGUUCCCUUGACCAUGCCAGCAUUCGAAGAGGCUAUGAGGUCUACAAGCAGGUGUGCGCCGCCUGCCACUCGAUGCGUUUCGUCGCCUACCGUAACCUUGUCGGUGUCACGCACACCGAAGCCGAGGCCAAGGCGGAGGCCGAGGAGAUCCAGGUGUGGGACGGUCCAGACGAAGCGGGCAACAUGUUCCAACGUCCCGGCAAACUCUCCGACUACUUCCCCAGUCCCUACCCCAACGAGGAGGCAGCCCGUGCCGCCAACAACGGCGCCUUCCCGCCAGAUCUUAGCUACAUUGUCGACGCUCGUCACGGAGGCGAGGAUUACAUCUUUGCACUUCUGACUGGCUACUGCGACGCCCCCGCUGGCGUCGUUUUGAGGGAAGGCCAGUACUACAACCCCUAUUUCCCUGGUGGCGCCAUUUCGAUGGCCCAAGCCUUAUACAAUGAAGCAAUGGAAUACUCUGAUGGUACUCCAGCCACUGCCAGUCAGCUUGCUAAGGAUGUAGCCACCUUCUUGAAAUGGACAUCGGAACCAGAUUUCGACGACCGCAAGAGGAUGUUUAUCAAGGCUGUAGGAAUAUUUUCAUUCCUUAUCGCACUUACAUACUACAUUAAGAGACACAAGUGGUCUUCAAUUAAAACCCGUAAAAUCGAGUUUAAACCAAGAAAGUAAAUCAAUUCCCGUAGAAAGUUUAUUUACUUUAGCGUGACUAAUUAUAUAACGAGUAAUUAAUUAAAUUAAGCUUAUUUUAUUGUAUAUAUAAAAGAAACUGGCGGAAAAUUAAAAAAACGUAUGUCCUUUUACCAUUUUACCAUCUUUUGUUUAUAUUAUAUAUUUUCUGUAUACAUGUAAUUGUCACGUUAUUUGUUACAUUAAAUUAUAUAUAAAAAUA